UUCAUAUGAAGCAAAUAAAAGGCAUGCAGUUCUUUACGAUUUGAGCUGCCACCCCUCCGGCCUGCCCGGCGGCGGCACACUGCUCUGCCAGCCGCCCCUGAGCCCACGCGGCUUGCCGGAUCAUGCGCCUCCCCAGAGUGCCACCCACGCUAACCUGAGAUCCGCCUCUGCAGGACGUGAUGGCCAGAUCGCCGGAAGCCCCUACCCCGACCCCAAGGUUGCUGGCAGCGUCAACCCCGACGGCGAGGUCACCGUCACCCCCAACCUUGACGCCCAGGUCAGCAGAAGGUACAUUUGAUUGCUGGUACAUUUGUUGUCUGAAGGCCCAAAGUUUUCAAAUCUAAGUGAAACCAAAGCCUUGUGAUUUAUCCAACUGAAGAUCCAAAGCUUGUAGUUAAAAUGAUAGUUAGGUGGUACAAGGACCGGCUGUUAAACAUACAUGUGCCAACAUGUGUCACGGCGCAGCAUUGCUUGGCAGCCAAGGCUUUGGAGUAGUUAGGAGAUCUCUAGUUGUUAGCAUAGUUAUCAUUUAACUUGAUAUUCUCCUUAUCUCUCCAUGUAAUCUAUCUGGUUGUUAACAACUGAAACUUGUAUGCCUCUGCGAGAGCCGGCCUCGCCUCAAUCAAUAUAUACCACGCGGGCUCCCAUGUUGGGGGUUGAGACGCUUCUACAAAUUCUACAUGGUAUACAGAGCAGGCCUCUUCCAUAGCAUCUAGCUCAUCCUUCUCCAUCCUCUUCAUCCUCAACCCAUCACGCCGCAGCCAUGUCCUCCUCCACCGCAAUCACCUCCUCUGGCCUCAACUACAACACAUCAGAACCUCUCAGCCGGACGAACUACGUUCUCUGGCGAGCCCAGGCGCGAUCCCAGAUACUGGGCGCCGGCCUGUUUGGCUACAUAGAUCAAACCAUAAAGGAGCCUCCCAAAACAAUCACUAGCAAAGAUAAAGAUGGUAAGGAACAGGUAGUUCCCAAUCCUGCCCAUAAUCCCUGGUUAGUUCAAGAUCAGCAAAUCGUAGCAUAUCUCCUUCGUAAUCUGUCCAAGGAGGUGUUGGUCCAAGUGGCUUCGCUUGAAUCAUCUCAUGCAAUCUGGACGGCAUUAGCAAACAUGUUCUCUGCAGUCUCCCUGUCUCGCGUGAACAACAUCAGAUCUGCCCUCACGAAUGCCCAGAAGGGAUCUCAAUCUGCUUCCACCUACUUCGGGCAGAUGCGCGCCCUCUCUGACGAGCUUGCGGCGGCGGGCAAGCCGCUUGGGGAGGGAGAGCUCAUCUCCUUCAUCGUCGCCGGGCUUGACAUGGAGUAUCAACCGAUCAUCUCUGCACUCGACGUCCGCACCGAGCCCAUCACCGUCGACGCGCUCUUCUCCAUGGUGGCAAACUUCGAUCAGCGCGUUGAGAUGUUCAAUGGCGCCGGUGGCUUCAAGUCAUCGGCCAACACAGCCUCCAGAGGUCGCUCGGGCGGAGGCAAAGGCGGCUAUCGGAACCAGAAGAACGGCGGCCGUGGCGGGGGUUAUCCUGGCGGCGGUGGCCAAAACCCUAGCGGCGGCUAUCCUGGCGCUGGCGGCGGCGCUUACAACAUGGAGGUGGCGGCGGCUACAACAACCACGGCAACAGCAGUGGCCACCGUGGCGGUGGCGGCGGGGGCUACUACAACAACAACGGCCCCCCUCGCCACUACUACAACAACAAUCAAGGCGCUCGCUUCAUGGGGUACGAGGAGUAUGAAAACAAAUGCCAAAUCUGUAAAAAAACUAACCAUAUCGCAAAAGAAUGCAAGUGGUGCUAUGCAGAGGACAAUUCCAGAAGGAGGCGUGUUGCAACCGUAGCAGAUGCCUCAUACGGAGUGGACUCAAACUGGUAUCUUGACUCUGGCUCAAAUGAGAACAUCACCUCUGAGCUUGAGAAGAUGACCAUGCACGAGAAGUACCAAGGCCAAGAUCAAGUCCACACUGCUGAAAACGGUCCAGGUAUGAUGAUAAGUCAUGUUGGCAAGUCUAUUAUUCAAACCCCACAUCGUGAUAUUCGUGUAGAUGAUGUUCUGCAUAUUCCUAAUGCAUCAAAAAAUCUUCUGUCAGUUCAUCGUAUUACUCUUGACAAUGGUGUCUUCAUAGAGUUUCAUCCCUUCUUCUUUUUGAUCAAGGAUCAGGUCACGAGGAGGGUGCUUUAUCGCGGUAGAUGUGUGCAAGGUCUCUAUCCGUUGAUCCCCACAAUUUCCAAGUUCAAUAAGCAAGCAUAUGGAGCUUUCAAGGUGUCCUCAGAACGAUGGCAUAAUCGUUUAGGCCACCCAUCUUUUUCCGUUGUUUAUCAAAUUCUUAGCAAAAAUAAGCUCGCAUUUGUUGACGAGCAUGAUCAUGAAACUAUUUGUGACUCUUGCCAAAGAGCAAAAAGCCACCAGUUGCCAUAUCCUAUUUCCAAUAGUGUUUCAACAAAACCCUUGCAACUUGUGUUUUCUGAUGUAUGGGGACCGGCCCCCUCCUCUGUCGGUCGGCACACCUAUUACGUGAGUUUCAUCGAUGACUUUAGCAAGUAUACAUGGAUAUACCUCCUUAAGAAAUGCUCCGAUGUUUUCCAAGUCUUUCUUAACUUUCAAGCUCUUGUCGAACGACAAUUCAAUUGCAAAAUACUUGCCAUGCAAUCAGAUUGGGGAGGGGAAUACGAGAAACUUAACUCCUUUUUCCAACGGAUAGGGAUUUCUCAUCAUGUUUCUUGCCCUCACGCUCACCAACAAAAUGGUUCAGCGGAGCGCAAGCAUAGACACAUUGUCGAUGUUGGUCUUUCCCUCCUUGCCGGAGCAUCCAUGCCACUCAAGUUCUGGGAUGAGGCGUUCCUCACCGCGGUGCACCUCAUAAAUAUUUUACCUAGCCGUGUCAUCAACUUUGAGACACCCACUGAACGUCUACUUCAUAUCAAGCCCGAGUAUUCUCAUCUUCGUGUGUUUGGUUGCGCAUGUUGGCCCAACCUUCGUCCCUAUAAUAAUAGGAAACUUAUGUUUCGAUCAACACAAUGUGUCUUCAUAGGCUACAGUGCACAACAUAAAGGUGUCAAGUGUCUUGAUGUAGCCACGGGACGCGUGUAUAUCUCCCGAGAUGUUGUCUUUGAUGAAACGGUGUUUCCUUUUGCUAAACUCCAUCCAAAUGCUGGCGCUUUGCUUCGCAAAGAAAUUCUUCUGUUGCCCUCUACCUUGACCGGCGUUGAUCAUGGGGGAGAGAAUAAUAGUACUAACCAACUUGCCUCUAAUCAUCAUAUUAUGCCUGAGAUUACUGCUGCAGAUUUGAAUUCAGAAGAAGAAGGAAAUUGCAGCUCAAAUAGGCGUGAUUUCAUGUGCCCCCUGACUGGCGACAUGAACGCACAUCGAGGAGGAUCCGCCCCAAUAUCCUCUCCGGGAUCCGGGCGCACAGCACCUGGUCGCGCCUCGGGGCCCGAGUGCCUCGAGCGGGCGUGUGAUCAGGACAACGACGGCGUUGCCCCGCACCAACCGCCUGACGACGCGUGGCGGACAGAUUCUCGCGCGCCCGAUCCCGCCUCACCUGGUUGGUCCGCGCCGGCUUCGCCAGGGCCCGCCACUACGCCAGGGCCCGCCGCUUCAUCACCGAGGCGGUCGCCCACAGGCGCGACACAAUCCCCCUCGGGAUCUGAGUCGCCAGCACCUGAGGCAGAUUCGACCGGUGGAUCUCCUGCGGCUCCAUCUCCUGUGGUUCCUCCUGUGACGCCGCGCACCAGGCUACAGAAGGGAAUCACCACUCGGUUAAAUUACAAAAAUUUCUCAAAAAUUGGUAUGUCCUGCACAACUGGUGAACCCAACAGUUUAAUGAUAGCACUUGGUGAUCCUAGGUGGAAGGCGGCCAUGGAAGAUGAAAUCACGGCGUUGCGUAAAAAUAAAACAUGGCACCUAGUGCCUCCUCGACCAGGCAGAAAUCUGAUUGAUUGUAAGUGGGUCUAUCGAAUCAAGAAGAAGUCUGAUGGUACCAUAGACAGAUACAAGGCAAGACUUGUAGCCAAGGGCUUCAAGCAAAGGUAUGGAAUAGAUUAUGAGGACACGUUCAGUCCUGUUGUUAAAGCUGCAACAAUCCGUCUUGUGUUAUCAAUAGCUGUGUCCAGGGGUUGGAGUCUGAGGCAGCUAGAUGUUCAGAACGCGUUUCUUCAUGGUGUUCUGGAAGAGGAAGUGUACAUGAAACAGCCUCCUGGGUUUGAAGAUAAAGAUGCACCAUCCUAUGUCUGCAAGCUUGAUAAGGCCUUGUAUGGGUUGAAGCAGGCACCCAGGGCAUGGUAUUCACGGUUAAGUAUGAAAC